AUGGCAACCUCUGAGUUAGCAGCAAAAAGCCAAUUCAGCUUCAACAAGAAGAAGGGAAUACUCGUGGUGUUGCUGUCAGUUUUGUCAGCUGCACUGCUUCUGUGUGCAGUAGCAUAUGCAUGUAGAAAAAAAGUAAAAAGGCUUCAUAAAAAGGGACGAGGAAGCAGGGCACAUACCCUUGAUAAAAACCAUACGAGUCUUCAGAUGGAUAACCUUGAUGAGCUACCUUUUUUUAGCCUGCAUAAAAUAGCUGAGGCUACCGAUAACUUUAACAUCGAUAAUAAGAUCGGAGAAGGCGGUUUUGGUCCCGUUUACAAGGGUGUGUUGGAAAACGGGCAAGUAAUCGCUGUAAAGCGUCUCUCAGAAACAUCCCAACAAGGAGUUGAUGAGUUCCAAAAUGAAGUCAUUUGUAUUGCCAAACUUCAGCAUCGGAAUCUUGUGAAGCUCCUUGGAUACUGCAUUCAUGGAAAUGAAAUGAUUCUAAUUUAUGAAUACAUGGAUAACAAAAGCUUGGACUCAUUUAUAUUUGAUGAAACCAGAGGUUCAAUGCUGGACUGGCCUCAACGCUUUCGCAUUAUCCAUGGUAUAGCUCGGGGUAUUCUUUAUCUACAUCAAGAUUCCCGCCUUCAAAUCAUCCAUAGAGAUCUCAAAGCAGGUAAUAUCUUGUUGGACAGUGAAAUGAAUCCAAAAAUAUCAGACUUUGGCCUUGCUCGCAAGUUUGUAGGACAUGAUGACAUGGCUAAGACAAAGAAGGUGGUUGGAACACAUGGUUACAUUUCUCCCGAGUAUGCUGUACAUGGGCAUUUCUCUAUAAAGUCAGAUGUAUUUAGCUUUGGUGUUGUUGUGUUGGAGAUUGUGAGUGGGAAGAAAAACAGAGGAUUCUCUCAUGAGGCCCAUAGUGAUAACCUUCUUGGACAUGCAUGGAGACUAUAUAAAGAAGACAACUCCAUUGAACUCAUGAGUGCAUCUUUACGUAACUCUUAUGUCAUGUCUGAAGUACUACGUUCAAUACAUGUUGCAUUAUUGUGUGUGCAACAUCAUGCGGAAGAUAGACCAACUAUAUUGUCAGUAGUUCUGAUGCUGAUUAGUAAGGGGGCACUGCCUCCACCCAAGCAACCAGCGUUUUUCACCGAAGAAAGUUAUCGUGAAGUUGAUACUGUUUCAUCCCUAGAGGAAUACAUGAUUACACUUUUGCAUGCUAGAUAGACAGCAUGUGCCUAUCUUAGCGUAAUAAAGCAUCGAGCUUAUUUUAUGUUGGGUCUUUUAUUUGGCAAUGCAGCUACGUAAAUCAUAGAUAACUUAUCUAUAUAUAGUUAUCUUU